AUGCCUUCCAGGCAAAAGCCGAUGCGGUAUGGCCACACCGAAGGCCACACGGACGUCUGCUUUGAUGACACUGGGAGCUGCAUCGUAACUUGUGGCAGUGAUGGAGAUGUUAGAAUUUGGGAAAACCUGGAUGAUGAUGACCCAAAGUCCAUUAAUGUGGGAGAAAAGGCCUAUUCUUGUGCUCUAAAGAACGGCAGACUGAUCACAGCAGUAUCGAACAACACUGUUCAGAUACAUACGUUUCCUGAAGGAGCUCCAGAUGGCAUCCUUACCCGUUUCACCAUGAAUGCGAACCACGUUGUCUUUAAUAGUGCUGGCACCAAAAUCGCCGCCGGAUCUAGCGACUUUAUGGUCAAAGUUGUGGAGGUGACUGAUAGCAGCAAGCAGAAAACAUUCCGAGGACAUGAUGCUCCUGUUUUAAGCCUGUCUUUUGACCCCAAGGAUGUUUACCUGGCAUCAGCGAGCUGUGAUGGUUCUGUCAGAGUAUGGAAGAUUGCAGACCAGACAUGCACGACAAGCUGGCCGCUGCUGCAGAAAUGUAACGAUGUGAUAAACGCUAAGUCAAUAUGCAGGCUUGGCUGGCAACCCGGCAGUGGGAAGUUGCUGGCAAUUCCUGUAGAUAAAGUUGUUAAACUCUACAGAAGAGAAACCUGGGAUAGUCAGUUCGAUCUGACGGAUACAUUCAUCACCCAGCCCUUGAAUGUUGUGGCCUGGUCUUCUUGUGGGCAGUAUCUGGCAGCUGGAAGCGUGGAUGGGAGUAUGGUGGUGUGGAAUGUGGAAACCCAGGAGUGCAUAGAGAGGAUGAAGCAUGAGAAAAAUUACACCAUUUGUGGACUGGCAUGGCACCCCAAAUAUAAGCAAAUUGCUUAUACAGACAAGGAAGGAAAUCUGGGGUUGUUGGAAAAUAUCGGUGAUGGAAAGAAACCAACUGACAAGGUUGCCAGCGCAGUGACAAAAGACUACAACGACCUCUUCGAUGGAGAAGACGACGACUAUUUAAACGGCGAUGUGAUUGAACCGGAGUCUUCCCCGAAGGCUGGAGCUAAUGAAGACGGUGAUGAUGACCUUAUGCCAACUUCAGGCCGUAUGAGACGGUCAAUAAUUGACGAUGAUGAUAACUCACUAGAUAUUGGGAUGAUAAAAGCUACUUCCAGCCUUCUUGAAAAGGAAUGUGAUGAUGAUCAGACCGGUGGCUUGCCAGCUUUACCGCUACCAUCUGCACAGCAGCCUUUCUAUGAUGGGCCAAUGCCAACCCCCAAGCAAAAGCCCUUUCAGCCUGGCUCCACUCCUGCACACCUCAUGCAUCGUUUCAUGGUAUGGAAUUCUGUUGGUAUCAUUCGCUGUUACAAUGAUGAGCAAGACAAUGCUAUAGAGAUAGAGUUCCAUGAUACCUCCAUACAUCACGCGACACACCUGCCGAACUUGCUGAAUCACACGAUGGCUGACCUCUCCGCUGAAGCCGUUCUACUAGCCUGUGAGAGCACAGAGGAACUGGCCAGCAAGCUCCACUGCAUUCAUUUUAGCUCGUGGGAUGCAAACAAGGAGUGGACAGUGGAUAUGCCAAAAGAUGAAGAUAUUGAAGCGCUCUGCCUAGGUCAAGGCUGGGCCGCUUGUGCCACUAGCGCCUUGCUCGUUCGUGUGUUCACAGUUGGAGGAGUUCAGAAAGAGAUCUUCAGCCUCCCAGGUCCAGUGGUAUCCAUGGCAGGACAUGGAGAGCAGCUAAUGAUUAUUUACCACAGAGGUACUGGCUUUGAGGGGGACCAGUGCCUUGGAGUACAGCUGAUGGAGCUAGGAAAAAAGAAAAAACAAAUUUUGCAUGGAGACCCUCUUUCUCUCGCAAAGAAAUCCCAUUUGGUGUGGAUUGGCUUCUCUGCAGAAGGUACCCCCUGUUACGUGGAUUCUGAGGGGAUUGUGCGGAUGUUGAACCGAGGACUUGGAAAUACUUGGAUUCCUGUUUGUAACACGAGGGAGCAUUGUAGAGGAAAAUCUGAUCAUUACUGGGUAGUUGGCAUCCAUGAAAAUCCCCAGCAGCUCAGGUGUAUUCCUUGUAAAGGAGCCCGAUUCCCUCCUACGCUACCACGGCCUGCUGUAGCAAUAUUAUCUUUUAAACUUCCUUACUGUCAAGUUACAACGGAAAAGGGACAGAUGGAGGAACAAUACUGGCGUUCUGUUGUAUUUCACAACCACUUGGAUUACUUAUCAAAAAAUGGCUAUGAAGUUGAUGAAAAUACUAAAAGUCUAGCAGUGAAAGAACAGCAAGAGCUUUUAAUGAAACUGUUUGCCCUUUCUUGUAAACUCGAGCGUGAAUUUCGUUGCACGGAACUUGCUGACCUCAUGACACAAAACGUUGUGAAUUUAGCUAUCAAGUACGCUUCUCGCUCUCAAAGACUAAAUUUAGCUCAGCGACUUAGUGAAAUGGCUGUGGAGAGAGCAAGUGAGUUGGCAGCAGCACCGGAAGAUGAAGAGGAGGAAGAGGAUUUCCGGAAGCAUUUGAAUGCUGGGUAA